UAACCUCUCUUCGCUAAGCUUGGACAGGUUAUGUUAAAUUGUUUUCUUCUUUAUUUGUAAACACUGUUUAAUUCUUAUCUUGUGAUUACAUUCAUGUUAAAAGUAGUGUAUUUUAUAAAAUGGGUCGUAAUUUAAAACGCUUAUAUAUUUGAUUUUCUGAGAGCUACUCUGUUUAAUUGGGCUAACCUUUUGUAUUUUCGGAGGUUAAUUUGUUGAUUUAAUAAUGGAUAAUCCCACAGCGUCAAAUUCAGUUGAUAUUGACUUCCCUCUUACUCCUACAAUGGAAGUUAGUUCAUCUGAUGCUAAUAAAAGGAGAAGCAGUUCACGGUCCAUCAAGAGAAGGAAAUUCGAUGAUGAGUUGGUGGAAUACAGUUUUUCAAGCAAAGACGUUGAACCUAUGGUGAAGAAACCUCAAAAUAAUAGAUCCAGAACAUUAUCCCAGUCAAACUUUUAUGAAGCCAGUUCGAGCGCUGGAGUCCCUUCGCCUAUUGAUAAACGAAGAAUAAUACCUAGGCCAAGUUCAAAAAAAUCUAGGAAAUCGAAACCGCCUUCUCAUGCUGCUACAAAAGAUUUAGGAAGAUGGAAGCCAACUGAUGAUCUUGCUCUUAUUACUGCCGUGAUUCAGUCAAAUGAUUUGCAACAUGUUCAUCGAGGUAUUAAAUUUUCAUGCAAGUUCACUCUUCAAGAGAUUCAACAGAGGUGGUAUACAUUGCUAUACGAACCCACCAUUUCCAAACUUGCUAUGAGCGCAAUGCGAAAUCUACAUCCUGAUGUUAUAGCAAAUAUUGAAAGUAAAACUUUAUACAGUAAAGAAGAACAACAAUUACUAGCUGUGAUUAAAUCUACCCCAACGCCUCCCCUCAGCGUUUUUGAAGACCUUCUGAACAAAAAUAGUCUGGUUUUCCAUAGGGCAAGAACUCCCAAAUCUCUCAUGGCACAUUGGCUCCUUAUGAAACAGUACUAUCUUUUAGAUGAUCAAACAGUCCCUGGUACACAUGGAGAAAAAUCUGUCAUACCUUUCUCCGAACUUGAAGAGAAUAUGCAUGAUAUCGAGCUUCAAGGACCUAAAGAUGAAGCGUUGGAAGAGGAGUUGUUUCUCUCUGACAGAAAAGAGAAAAAAGAGAUUAGAACUUUAGAAGCAGAAGUAAGUCGCUGGCAAGUUCUAGUUGACGCAGUUUCGGGGAUUGCACCUCAAGAGUUUGACAACCACACUCUAGCAGUUCUCAAAGGGCGGCUUGUAAGAUAUCUGAUGAGGUCUCGGCAGAUUACGAUAGGAAGAACAACCAAAGAUCUUAGUGUUGAUGUUGAUUUAACCCUUGAAGGACCCGCUUCAAAAGUAUCACGCCAACAAGGAACAAUUCGCUUGAGGAACAACGGUGACUUCUUUAUCAUGAAUGAAGGAAAAAGAGCGAUUUAUAUUGAUGGAAGGCCGAUACUGGCAGGAAAUAAGUACAGGCUAAAUGAUAACUCUGUCGUAGAGAUUGCUGGCUUGAGAUUCGUCUUCUUAAUCAAUAUGGAACUUAUAUCGGUUAUUCGCCAGGAAGCAGCAAAAAUGAGUAUGGCUAAUUCUUAAGUAUAGCUUUAAGUUUAGAAAUUAAUCCUGAAUAGUAAAUUGUUAAGUUUAAUUUAAUUUUAAAGAUAUUUUUAAUGCAUAACUUUUUCUUUAUUUCUUUGUACAAACAUGUAAAGUAUUGUGCAUAAAUGAAGUUUAUUUGUUAUAACAUCAAUUUAUUUGAUUUAUUGUUAUCGUAUUAUUUUGAAACUAAGCUAGUCUUGUUUUGGAUGUUACAACAAUAUUUCUUAAUAAUUAACUGUAAAAUAGAACUACUUAUUUAAUAUUAUAUAUAAUAAUAUAUUAUGUGUAAUAAUAAUAUUAUUAUUCCUUUUAAUAUGUUUUUUUUAUAUUUAUGUAUGUAGCAAUUAAUUGUAGUUACGAUAUAGGAGGUGAUGGUGAAGAAAACAGUCAUAUUAAAACACUCAGUAGUUGAAUAUUAUUUAAUGUUUCGGCCAACUUUUUAGGCUUUCUUAAAGGCUAAAAUACAUAAAAAAAGAGCAGUUAAAAAUAUAUUAUCUCAUUUCCUGAACUGCAAAGAGAGAUUUCUUUUAGUAAUUCCCUGUUUUGGUCUCUCUUUGCAGUCCAUGUGACUUUCCUCUGAAGCUCAUUUUUUUUGUUAUCCUGAAGAAGACCUAAAAAAUGGACUGAAACUUCAGCAUAAAUUAAAUAGUCCUUCAUCUCUAUCUGUUUUAAUUUGUCUGCUCCUUUGACCAUUGUCCUAAAUUUUUUUAUUUAGAAAUUCGAAUUGUAAAUAUAUUUACGAUUUAACUUUAAUAAAUAAUUAUAAUCUCUUUAAAAUUCUUUAUUUU